AUGGCGGAAGGCGGCGCGGCGACCACGGCCACCACGUUGCCGAGAGACGUCAUCUUCGACAUCCUCUCCCGAACCCCGGUCAAAUCCAUAUGCCGCUUCCGGUGCGUGUCCAAGGAAUGGCAAUCCCGGAUCUCCGACCGGGCCUUCAUCGCCGCCCACAGAUCCCACGCCAACCCGGAGCCGCUCCUCGUCGGCACCGCCCAUGGCGCCCUUCUCCUGAUGAACAUGGACGGCAAAAUCGUGAAGAAAAUCAAGGGCUUAGGCGUCCUCCCCACCUUCCGCUCCACCCUCGACGACCUCAUCUGCGUCUGCAGCACGGAUUCCACCACGCGCGUCCUCGACAUGGCCACCGGGAAGCUCCUCCUGACAUGCCGGCCGAUGCCGGACGGCGGCAGGAUCUACGCCGUGGGCCUGGGCCGCGCCGCCGCGUCGGGGUCCAUCAAGGCCGUCCGCCUCACCGAGGGCCUCCGCUACGACGGCCCGUCCGACCAGGCCUGCGAGGUCCUCACGCUAGACGACGGCGGCGGCGCCUCCGCCGCGCAAUGCCAAUGGAGGCCGGCGCCGUCGCCCCCUUUCCUGGCGUGCCUCUACGCCUUCUCGGGCGCCGGAACCACGGCCAACGGCGCCGUGCACUUCCUCACCCAGAACGUCGCCGCCGCCCGGGCCGACGACGACGACGACGACAUCCCCGUAGACAGCGUGCUCCGCUUCGACCUCGAGAGCGAGCAAUGGCGGAGCACGAUACAAGGGCCGUUGCUCAAAGGGGAUCACGACGGCGACGACGGCGCCGGGUCGGCGUGGAUGAAGACGGGGCAGAUCCGGCUCGGCAAGCUCGGCGGCGCCCUGUGCAUGGUCCAGACCGAGGUGCGCCGUGCCGGCCGCGUGUACUGGGCCGACAUCUGGCUCCUGGAUGAUCCCGACCGCAGCGUCUGGGCCAAGGCGUACGCGAUCCCGAUGCACUUGUCCUCUGACAUCAUCGAGCCUUUGAGGGUGAUGCCUGACGACGGCGUGAGGCGGCUGCUCUUCCAUUACUUCAAUCCGGCCGUUCAGGUGCCCUGGCUGAAAGUCUAUGAUCCUCGGGAUGAGGCUUGCACGGAGGGGGUGCAGAUGUUGCAUACCAGCGGGAGAAUUGGCCUUUGUAGCUUGCACUUGGAAUGCUUUGUGGGGGCAACGACCAAGAACUAA